AUGUCCGUUCAUUCAAUGUUCAGUGGUCGGAUGAGCUCCGCCGCAGUCGGCGCGCUCGCCCGUACCUCUCCAAUCUACCAAUCCGGCCCGCAGAUGGCAUCGAAGCAACUUACUCGCCUCCACUCGGCCGCCACUCGACCGUCGUGUGCCGCUCAGCAGCUGGACUUCCGGCCUCUUGUUCGGCCUUCUCCCUCCUCCCUGAGCUGUCAAGCCGGCUCGCGGGCACAGUCUACCUCCGCGGCGCCUAAGGAUGAGGUGAAGCUGGAUUGGGAUUCCUUCUUCAAGCUCCGCGCUUCUCGCCGUCGCUAUUCCCUGGCAUCUUCGAUUGUGAGCUCCCUCGUUUCCACCACAGUCGGUGUGCAGGUCCUAUCAUCGCAGGACUUGGAGUCGCUUGGUGCUCAGGUGAUGGGUCUGGACCCUUUUGUCGUUCUCGGCAUGGCAACAGCGGCGUGCGGCGCCGCCGGGUGGCUGGUUGGUCCAGCUGUUGGCAACGGCGUCUGGGGCCUGGUGUACCGGCGGUAUAAGCCCUCUGUGGCAACGAAAGAAAAGGAGUUCUUCAACCGUAUCAAGCGAUUCCGCGUGGACCCCUCCACGAACUCGAUUGCAAACCCCGUCCCUGAUUACUACGGCGAGAAGAUUGGCAGCGUGCAAGGAUACCGACAGUGGCUCAAGGACCAGCGGGCGUACAACCGCAAGCGCCGUAACUUCAUUGCCUGA